CUGAUCAAACCGGGGACCGGGACCAGAUGCUGGGUUCAGGUGUGGGCUCAGAGCCGGCUGGACUGUCCUCCGGGAGGGGCGGGGACAGUUCGGGGGCGGUGAUGAAGAGGAGGAGCAGCUCUUCAUUCUGUCGCAACAUUUUCUUCUCUUUGUUUCACGUGAAAAGUUCUGAGCUACAAACACGAACCACGUCGAACCGGAUUAGAACCGGCCUUAAACCGGGUUAACGCUGCUGGGCCAACGGGAGCAGAAUCCUAGUCCGGACCAGGGACCAGUACCAGAGGAGACUGGUUAAUUUGGAUCAGAAUCCUGAUCAUGGGCCAAUAGUUCACACGGUCUUUUGUUUCCAUGGAGAUGAGAGUUUUUUCCCGCUCUUUCAGGAGCUGAUCACUUUGACUUGAUACUGUUUUGAUUGUGUAUCGAUCAGCGGGAUGGCCGCGCGCCCGCUGCUGCUGCUGCUGCUCGCGCUCUGGACCUGCGGACACGCCAAGAGCUCGUUCCCGCUGCGACCCUCCUACAGCCUGUACACUGGCGGGCACGCGCACAGAGGGCGCGCCACCAGCAGACACAGGAACUGGUGUGCGUUUGUGGUGACGAAGACGGUGAGUUGUGUCAUUGAGGACGGUGUUGAAACCUACGUGAAACCUGAUUAUCAUCCUUGCAGCUGGGGGAGUGGCCAGUGCAGCAGAGUGGUGGUCUAUCGUACUUACAUGCGACCGCGCUACAAAGUGGCCUACAAAAUGUUGACAGAGAUGGAGUGGAAGUGUUGUCAUGGUUACAGUGGACAAGACUGCACCAUUGGUCCAGGAGGGGGAGGAGGAGGGGUUUACAGUCAGGGAGGAGCCAGCUCUGGUGAGAGUGACAAACUGAGGCAGCUGGAGGAGAAGAUCUGGAGUCUGACCAACAACCUCCAGGACCUGCAGUCCACCCUGGACCAGCGCCCCCAGCAGGAGGGCAGCAACCCAGGAGGAGGAGGAGGAGGAGGAGGAGGAGGAGCCGGGGGAGGAGGAAGAAACCCUGCUGAUGCAGCUCAGCCUGAGAUUAAAGAGACAAUUCACAGCAUCCAGACCAAACUGGACCAACUGGACAAUCGCACACAGGCUCACGACAAAACGCUGCUGAGCAUCAACAACCACCUGGUGAACGGCAAAGGUAACGAGCUGGAAGGGGGCGUGUCUAGCGGGGGGCUGAACUCGCUGAAGGAGGAGAUUCUGAGGGAGCUGGAGAGGAGGGUGUCACUGUCCUGCUCCUCCUGUCAGGCCGGCGUGGAGGAUCUGCGUCGUCAGCAGCUGGAGGACAGAGACAGGAUCCGAGCUUUGGAGAAGCAGCUGAACACGGUGGAGCUGCGAUAUCGUCAGAGUGUGGACGGGCUGCGGCGAGACUUGGGCGGACUGCAGCGAGAUGUGGGCGGGCUGCAGCGAGACGUGGGCGGGCUGCAGACGUGCUGCAACGCCACGCAUGACCUCACACUCCGCCUCACACACGCUGAACGCAAGAUCAGCUCAGCCUCAGACAACUUGGAUGAUCUGCACAACCGUGUGGAGAAGGAGCUCAGUGGAGGAGGAGGAGAAACAGGAGGAGGAGGAGAAACAAGAGGAGCAGGAGAAACAGGAGGAGGAGGUGGCAGCGGCAGCAGUGGGUCCAAAGGAGGAGGAUUGGGUGGAGCUGAUAGUGAUAAAGUGUUGGACAAAAGGCUGAGAGACCUGGAGCUUCGUGUCAACAACAGCUGCUCUCAGCUGGAGAAUGAGCUCAAGGACCUGAGGACAGUGAUCCAGGACGUCAAGGUCACAGAGAAGGACGUGGACGUGGACAUGGAGCUGAUGAAGAACAGGGUGAACGACUGUGACAAGAGACUGUCGGUGCUGGAGAACUCCACCACAGUCCUCGAGCACAGGCUGGACAUGUGCAGCUGUGCAGGAGGAGGAGGAGGGGCCAGUACAGGAGAAGGAGGGGUCAGUUCAGGAGGAGGAGCCAGUACAGGAGAAGGAGGGGUCAGUUCAGGAGGCGGGAACAGGGGAGGUACAGGAGGAGUCACUUCAGGAGGCGGGAACAAGGGAGGUACAGGAGGACAAAGAGAAGACACAGAGAAAUCUCUGGAGUGGAGAGUCAUCGCUAACGAGGACAAGAUUCAACAUUUUAACACUCAACUCAAAGACCUGUCAGUGUCUGGAGACUCUCUGCAUGACAAGGUGGUGGACUUGAGUCACGAUGUUCGCAAGAUCAAGGCUCUGACGGGUGACCGCGGCGAGCACUUCAAUCGCAUCGUGACGGAGGUGGAGCUGCUCGGCCACGACUGCGAGCUGUGUCGCAGGGUGGAGGACGAGCUACGGAGGCUGAAGAAUCACUCCCAUGAUGCACUUGGGCACAUGCAGAGCCACAUCAACAGACUGCAGAUCAGACUGGACUCAGAGAAAGAUAGCUGCUCUCACACGUGUUCACAGCUGCAGGACGAAGUGCGUCUGUUGCGACACGACGUCAGGAGGUGUGGCCAGUGUGGCGCCUCAGGCGGCUCGGAUCGCCCGGGUAGUCGCGGUGGAAGCAGCAGAGCUGGAACUGGACUGGACUCAGAGAAGACGUUAGACGGCCACAGUGUGAUCGGUGGCUCCGUCAACAACGAGCAGCUGAAGACGCUGCAGGGCGAACUGUCUGAGGUCAUCCUCACCUUCAGCUCCAUCAACGACACGCUGAAGAGUCUGGAACACACGGUCCACAAACACGGCAGCGUCAUCACAGACCUCGGAAACACCAAGGACAAGAUCAUCUCAGAGCUCGACAAGAUCCAGGAGGAAGUGACAGAGCAUGGUGAGGACAGCAGGGAGCGGCUGGACGGGCUGGAGCGCGACCUGCGACGCACCGACAACUCUCUGCUGACGGACGUCGGCGAGUGUAAGAGGUCAGGAGACGGUCUGGAGAAGAGGUUGUCCAAGCUGGAGGGCGUGUGCGGGCGGCUGGACGGCGUCUCUGACGCCGUCCACAAGAUCAGACAAGGGCUGAAUGGACACGUGUCCAGUUUGUGGACACGUGUCUCCGGUCUCAAUGACUCGCUCAUCCGUAACGGCUGGAUCCUGGACCUGAUCCAGAAGAACCAGGACCACAUCCAGAGCCGGGUGAAGAACCUGAACUCCAGCGUGAACCAGGUGGUCAAAGAUCUUCAGAGUGUGAGCGGUCUGCCCGGACCCCCAGGGCCGCCAGGAGAGAGAGGGUUUGAAGGGCUGCCGGGGACCCGGGGGCCCCCAGGACUGAAUGGAGCUCCAGGUCUGCCCGGACAUCCUGGUGCUGACGCUCACGUGCCCAGACUCUCGUUCUCCACCGCCCUCACCGCCCCUGCGGACCGGGCCGGAACCAUCGUGUUCGACAAGGUCUUUGUCAAUGAAGGAGACUUCUAUGACGUGAGGACAGGAAUCUUCACGGCUCCUGUAGACGGUCAUUACUUCUUCAGCGCCGUCCUCACGGGUCAUAAGAACGAGAAGAUCGAGGCUGUUCUGUCCAAGUCCAACUAUGGCAUGGCGCGCGUGGACUCGGGAGGAUACCAGCCCGAGGGCCUGGAGAACAACCCGGUGGCCGAGGCGAAGCCCACGCCCGGCUCGCUCGCCGUCUUCAACAUCAUCCUGCCACUGCAGGCACGGGACACGGUCUGCGUGGACCUGGUGACGGGGAAACUGGCUCACUCUGUGGAGCCGCUCACUGUCUUCAGCGGCGUGCUGUUGUACGAGGACAUGUGACGGGUCACACCACCGCCACGCCCCGUGUCACCUGACAUGAGUGGCAACAUGAAUUGUGAAGUCACAUGACCCAGACAUGACCAU